AGAGGAAGGGAGUGGAAUGAAUCAAAUGUGAUGGGAAGUGGAGUUUCUACGCUCUGCCCUUGUUUUAAUCCGGUGACAGACCGGUCAAACCGGCCGCCGGAGAAUCAUGCGGACCUGAUAUUCGCUGAAUCGGAGCCGUUGGAUGAGACCCUUGGUCACUCCUUUUGUUAUGUUCGAUCUUCCAAUCGUUUCCUCUCUCCGACUCCUUCCGAUCGUUUUGUUUCUCCUUCGCACUCUCUGCGUUUCUCUCCCUCGCACGACCCGAAAAACCGAACCACACCCGAAACCCUGUUCAAGGCCAUAUCCGGAGCCUCCGUCAGUGCGAAUACCUCCACCCCCAGAACUGUCCUCCAACUUGACAACAUUUACGACGAUGCCACUGAGAACACCCUCGGUUACGGCGUGAAGAGCAGCAUCGUUAGCGGGAAUGGCUUCGAGAGCACUUCAUCGUUUUGUGCCUUGCCACUGCAGCCGGUUCCACGUGGAGGAGUUCAUGAGCCGGUCGAGCGGAGUGGGUUCUUCAUGUCGGGUUCGUUAGAGCGCGGGGCUGUUUCUGGUCCACUGGAGACCAACCCGGGUCCUGAAGGGGGAGUAAAUUUCUCGGCACCGUUGGGUGGCAUUUAUGUUAAGAAGAAGAGAAGGAAGAGCAUUUCGGGGAUCUUGAGAAAUUUCUCCGAGAAGAAACGGCCUUGGGUGGUUCCGGUGUUGAAUUUCGUAGGUAGAAGGGAAAAUUCCGGCGGCACGGAGACGGCGGCAGCAGAGGCGGAGGAGAAGAACUGUGGGGAUGUGCAGUGGGCAUUAGGGAAGGCCGGGGAGGAUCGGGUUCACGUCGUAGUUUCGGAAAAGCAAGGGUGGUUGUUCGUUGGUAUUUACGAUGGUUUUAAUGGGCCGGACGCACCCGAAUUCUUGAUGGGUAAUCUCUAUCGAGCUGUUUUCCAUGAACUUCAUGGUCUUUUUUGGGAACUUGAUGAAGAUUCUGAAAAUAAAACUGAUAAUGAAAACGAAGCUGAAAAUAAAACUAACCAACCCAACAUUUUAAUAGCUACAAAUAGUUUAAAUAAAACUGAUAGUGAUACUGCGAAUCGGAUUAGUUCCAUUGAGGAGGUUGUGAGUGCAGGGCAGGGUUUAAUUGGGGAGAAUGAAUCGAGUGGAGUGGUACAGGACAGGGUGAGGAGGGUAGCAUUUGAACCCGAGGGGACUGAGGUUAGGAGGAGGAGGUUAUGGGAGUUUCUAGCUGAGGAUGACCCGGAAGAUGGGUUGGAUCUCUCAGGGUCUGACAGGUUUGCGUUUUCGGUGGAUGAUGCAAUUACUGUGAGUAAAGAGGGUUCUGCAGUGAAUAGAAGGUGGUUGCUGCUGUCAAAAUUGAGGCAGGGAUUGUCAAAGCAUAGAGAGGUGUCUGGGAGUAUGUUGUUUCCAUGGAGGUUUCGGUUAGAAGAGAAGGAGAAGGUUGAGGAGGUAAAUAAUAGAGUGGAGGAGAGGGUUCAAAAGUCUGGGAGGAGAAGGAAAGAAGGUCCAGUUGAUCCUGAAUUGGUUUUGGGGGCUUUGUCUAGGGCUCUAGAAGUCACCGAGUUAGCAUAUUUGGAUAUGACAGAUAAGGUGCUUGAUACAAAUCCAGAGCUUGCUUUGAUGGGUUCGUGUUUGUUAGUUGUUUUGAUGAGGGAUGAGGAUGUGUAUGUGAUGAAUGUGGGCGAUAGUAGGGCAAUUGUUGCACAGUAUGAACCAGAAGAUGUUGGUUCCAGUAUGGAGGGAAGAAAGCACGAGGAAAAUGGAUCAAGCAUGAAGGGUAUAAUGGAGGAGACACUGGCACCGGGUGACAACACAAUUAAGCCAGUUAAUGAGGGUUCUGCUCGGUCCAUGAGAUUGACCGCACUGCAACUGUCAACUGAUCAUAGCACCAGCAUUGAAGAAGAAAUCAUAAGAAUCAAGAAUGAACAUCCAGAUGACAGCCAGUGCAUUGCCAAUGACAGAGUGAAAGGUCGACUUAAAGUUACUAGAGCAUUUGGUGCAGGAUUUCUUAAAAAGCCCAAGUUGAAUGAUGCAUUAUUGGAGAUGUUUCGUAAUGAGUACAUCGGUACAGCGCCAUAUAUAUCCUGCUCGCCUUCUCUUCAUCACCAUAGACUUUGCGCCAGGGAUCAAUUUUUAAUCCUUUCAUCUGAUGGAUUAUAUCAGUAUCUGAGCAACCAAGAAGUGGUUUCUCUGGUUGAGAGUUUCAUGGAAAAGUUUCCAGAUGGAGACCCUGCGCAACAUCUAAUAGAGGAGGUUCUUAUGCAUGCUGCCAAGAAAGCUGGCAUGGAUUUCCAUGAAUUACUAGACAUCCCUACAGGAGAUCGGCGAAAGUAUCAUGAUGAUGUUACUGUCAUGGUGAUAUCAUUGGAGGGAAGAAUUUGGAAGUCAUCUGGAAAGUAUGUAUGAAACUCUUCACAUGCUGGGCUCACAAGCAAAAACAGUUGACACAGAACUCAGAAGCUAAAAGUUCUUGAAGUCGAGUUCUUUGCAAGCACUUGGGGGGAAAAUAUGGGUGCUGGUCCAUUUUUGAUGGCUCUCAAACUGGUGUUCUUUUAGGGGUCUUACACCAUAAGCUUACAAUUGGUAGCAGGUAGUCCAGGUGAUACUAAACUAAGUCUAAUGUUAGAUUAGUCAUCAGGAGUCGAAUAGACCUGGAAUUUUGUUUCGGGAAAAAAGGGGAGAUCUGGAGAUGCGGUUAUCUCCGAGACCGAAAAGAAAGAUAAGUCUUUUUGUUUCUCAGUUUCUUUAGUUUAUCCUUUAAAGACAUGCUUUCUUAGAGGUUUUUGCAUAGGCGGGAUGGUGGUUCAAUUCAAUGUGCCUUCCUCCUUUUCUUUCUUUUAGAGCCAAAAAGACUAAAAAGUGAAAAUAGUUUUCUGUAAUUUGGUGGGGUAUACAAAAAUAUUAGAUAUAGUUACUGAA